GGCUCGCGCCUCGCGCGCAGCGGCAGAGCGGCUUCUAGUUCCAGCCGGCGACAGACAGACAGACAUACACAGAGAGAGUAGUAGCAGUUCAGCGGCGUCCCCGUCCGAUACACACACCGCAACUGGAUACCUACCGCUACAAAAAAGGAGGGAAAACAGCUCUUUUUGUGAAACAGUUGACUUCGACAUUUGUUUCAUAGACUCUAGUUCGUUUUUCCCCCGAAACUUUGUCUCCCAAGAGUGGCAGUUACCGGCCGUUAAAAAAAGCUGCGUGUAGUCAGAGAGCGAACCUAAACUUUAGGCUUAUCGUCAAUCUACCUGCUUCACACCUUAAAUUAUUAAGGGCAAAAAAGCUAAUUUCAUCAGACUGAAGUUUAUCUAUGUUGUCCAUACGAAACUACUUUUCAUCCCCUCCAACUUCUUAAGUUUGAUAGUAUAUACCAAGAGAAAAAUAAAUCAAGAAGUACACGAAGACGGUGGAUGUACUUUCAACCAUGGAUGUAACCGUUUACCCGCCUCCUCCUCAGUCUUUAGCCGCUUCUGAUCACACCAGGAUGGGGCAGUUCUCCUACCCUGAGCCGGGCUUUUCAACUAACAAGCUGGAUGGGGACACAAUGUUCCUGGGUAUGCCAGAAGCAGGCCUUGACUUCACCUCAACCAAUCAGUUCCGUGUGCCACAGCCCCCUCACCCUCUCAGCAAGGUGACGCCACCCAACCCACCCUCCCAGCAUUGGAGGAGGGAGGCACACAUGGCUGACAUACACCGUCUGCACUGGUCAUAUCCUGUGAGUGGUUUGAGCGAUGAAGAUUUCAACAUCCCACCCAUCACCCCACCCACUUUACCAGACCACAUGAUGCCCCCUCCUGGUCCGCACAGUUCCUCCUCUGGACCGUACAACCCCAUGGAGUCCUCCUCCAGCUCCGCUGCACACCACCAGUACCGGCUGCAGGGCAUGGACAUGCAGGGCAUGGCCGCCGGCCAGGAUGGAACUGCCAUGUUGAACCAGGAGGGCAGUACGUUCAGCCCGGACAACGGCCCGAUGACCAGCACGCUCUCUGUGAUGCAGCAGAUGGUGAACUCAGAUACUCGCUUUACCAGCAGCCAGCAGCCAAUUGAAGCCGCACUUGGACCCAGGAGCCAAUCAGGCAUGAGCCAACAAAACCAUUUGUCCACAAUCAACCAACCCCAACUGGGGCUAAAUGGAAGCUCUGCUACCCACAAUUCCCCUUCUCCUCCUGGAAGUAAAUCUGCCACACCUUCUCCCCCGAGUUCAGCCCACGAGGAUGACAACGAUGAUGGACUCAGGGGAGAGAAGCGACCAGCCGCAGUGGACAUCUCAAAGAAACCCAAGACGCCCAAAAAAAAGAAGCGAAAGGACCCCAAUGAGCCCGUGAAGCCAGUGUCAGCCUAUGCCUUGUUCUUCAGGGACACGCAGGCCAACAUCAAAGCCCAGAACCCCAACGCCACCUUUGGGGAGGUGUCAAAGAUCGUGGCCUCCAUGUGGGAUGGUCUGGGGGAAGAACAGAAACAGGUGUACAAGAAGAAGACGGAGACGGCUAAGAAGGAGUAUCUGAAGCAGCUGGCUGCGUACAGAGCCAGCCUGGUCUCACAGAGCUACAACGAUCACUCUGAGAUGAAGCCGCCCCACUCCUCCUCCACAUCCUCCUCUUCUACUUCAAUCUUCACACCCAAACCCUCCGUCUACCCCGGGCACCCAGGACAGCACUCCUCCCCCGGUGCCCUCACUCACCCUCAUUCCCUCUCUCCCCAUCAGCACUCGGGCAUGUACAUGCAGUACCACCACCCCCAGCAUCCUUCCCACGCCUCUAGUCCUGGUCUUGGCCCACACCUGCCCCCUCCUCACCCUCAAAUCCAUGCCCAGCUACACGCCCUGUCCUCCAGGGGCACUGUGCCGCGGAGCAGCGUCCCCCACCAGGGAGCGAUGUCCCUCAGCAAUGUGGCCGCGGCGACCACCCCCCCUCUCCAGGUCAGCCCUCCUCUCCACAGCCAGGCACACCUGGGGGGUCUGCACAGUCCACACCAUCAGCACCAGCAGCUCAGUGGACACUCACUGGGAAUGACACACUCCCCUGCCAUUUCACAGGGAUAUGCUCCUUCCCUCCAGUCUGACUAUCAGCCAAUGGGAGGGGGUAUGCUGAACAGUGGAUCGGUGAUGUCAUCAUCAGUGGACUACCACCAGCUGGGUCGACACACUCCCAACCACCACCCUUCUUUGGACUGGAGCACUGAUUACCAUGGCAACGGGAGCCUGCAGAGAGACAAGCCCCUGUAUCUGAGCUAAUCUCAGGAUGAAACUACACCAAACUUCAACCCUUCCACUGCCACAGCCUCCCGCCUGGUCCUAACCUCAAACCCCAUGUGAACAGAAACGCACACUGGGCACUUGCAGACAAACUGGGGCAGAAAUCUGAGUUCAGCACUUAAAAAAAGACCUAAGCCGAAGAAUUCUAGAACAAUUUCUGUCCUUAAGGUAGAACAGUGUUAAGAAGGGAUAAAAAUGUCUGUUUUUGGCUGUAUGUUUUUCACACGCUGUGUAUAUCUACCACUUAAAAAGAAACUGUGCAGACCCACCAAGAGAUGGGCAGGUCCUGUGCUGUGAUCCAUGCCGAUGUACAUACUCCAAACUUUAAGUUCUUUUCUGCUCGCAUUUUUUAAUUAUUAUUAUUAUGUAAGAAUGAUGUAAACCAUCAGUCCCAGAAGUUUUUGUAAAUGGCUGUAACAUAAUUUUUUUAAGUUGCAGAUUCCAAGCCGACUGUUUUCUCUUUCUGUUUGAUUUAAUCCAGUUACUGUGUCCUUCUGCAGCCAGAGCCAGAGGAGCGCAGAGCAAAAAGCAAGAAGAAUUAACCAAAUACUAGUCAAACUGUGUUCCCUCUGGCUCUUUAGUUACACGAUGAUUUGUUGCUUUAUGGACUGAAGUCCCACAGACUCUGCAGAAGCAGAGAACUGGUGGUGAUUCAGAGCGAUGAUGGAUGACGACUGGAUGCUGCUUGCAGCCAAAGACAUAUGAAAAGUAUCUGCAACAAUAUUAUCAAGCUGUUUGUUGCCUGUUUAAGCAGGCACGGACUGUGAAUAAUGUAAGAUUCCACUGCUUUCUUGAAGGAAUAGGAUGUAUUUUAGUCCCUAAAAGGAUGAAACGUCAAAUAAUUGUUUAAAAAAAAAAGAAGAAAAACUGCAGUUUUUGAUGCAAGCUCCUCUUCCUGGCAUAUGUCUGCUGAUAACAUUGAUUUGGAUCCAAACUGUGUGCGAGUGUGUGAAGUGUUAAUGAGAUGCUGGAGCGCUUGAUUGGGUUGCAUGUCCUCUUUUGUCAUCUCUAUUCUCUGUGGUCAGACGCUAUUUAAGAAACUAUAAUUGUUGCUGGGAUGGCCACGUUUAAUGUUUUUCUUUAAUCAAACUGAGGUUUGUUUUAGUGUUAAUGAUAUCUCUCUCUCACUAUGUAUCUCUUUGUAAUAUUGUUGUUUUAUUUUGGCAGAUGAAAGGACUCGGGGCAACAACAACUAUUAAGAUUUUCUUAUUUUUAGAUUCUAAUAAUGUGUUUGAGAAUAAAGUAAGUGCUGCAUCGAUGUGCAGUCUACUCCAAAAGCG